AUGGGCGCGAGCCUCGAAGGGAGGGUUGCAUUCUUCCAAGAGUCCUUUGGCUUGAACACAGCGACGGCACUGCUGCUCCACAAGGCCGACAACUUUAUGGACAAGAAUGAAUUAAAGAAAGCUGAAAAGUUCUAUCAAGCCGUCUUGACGGAGGACCCACAGUGCACUUACGCCGCCAAGAAUGCCACGAUAGUGAUGGAGCUGCUAGUUGACGAGGAAGCAGAGGAGCAAAGACGACAACUACAAAGCCAAGUUGAAGGCGCUAUGCAGAAGUCGCUUGCCUAUACCAAGACGGAAAUGAGCGUGAGCUGGAACAAGUCCGUUCACUUCGAUGCCAGCUUUGAUCCGGACAUUGACAAAGUUGCGACUGAAGCAAUCAUAGCUGAACUGAUGCAAAUGGGAUUCAGCCGAUCAAUACUGAGCCUGAAGCACAACGAAGUAAUCAGCAAGCAGAACAACGAGUGGACUUACGAAGAGUGGUCUGGGCGAGCAAACUUCCAGGUCCUUUUCGUACCAGACGAGAAAGAAGCGCCCCUGACAACCGAGAGUGGAGAGCGAGCGAUUCAAGCUGUGAUAGAGCCGUCUCCACAAUCCAUUGGUUCCGCCGAUGCAUCCAAUCCUGGCCCAGGAUCUUCAAAGUUCGCUGAUGCCUCGGAGGGCAGCGGGCGUUAG